AUGUGGAUUGUUGUUAAUUUCUUGGAUGAAGACGCUGUCGAAACUGUGCCUGAAACAUGGUAUCACAGAAAAAGUAAGACGUGUGCAUGGCCUAAUGCAAAGAAUCGGGCAAAAAAAUUAAUUGAAAAAAGAGCAUAUCCAAAUAAGUUGGAAUAUAAUUGGUUGCCAGCGAGGAUGUUAGGACGAAAAUAUGGAAGCUUAGAAGAAGCCCGAGCUAAGGCAAACAAGGCCAUUAUCCUUUCAGAUUUAUCUGCAAAUGAUGAAUAUAUGAGCAAAAAAGUUACUACAAAAAAACAGUUUGAAAGUAGAAGAAUAGAAAGUCCUCCAAGUUUAAAAUCUAGUAAGAUAUAUUAUUUACAUUUAAUUUUCUCUGCAUUUUAA